UGUAGUUCCUAAUAUGUCUUCCCUCUUAAACACUAGUUUGUGUAACACAAAUAUCCAGCCCCAAAUAUAUAGAGUUUUAUGGUAGCAAUAAAGGUGGUGCUAUUUUAUUUUAGCGAAUUACUACAAUAAUGACUGAUAACUGUCAUAUGUGACAAGAGGCCCAUGAAUAGAUAAUUUUUUAAACGGAUCUACCAUGGGACAACUACAGUCGGAAGAGGGAAGGACGCCAUGUCACUAUUUUUUCUAGAUCUAGCUCUAUGUACAUUUUGAUUUGCUGGUCUGGAAAAAAUAAUGUUAUAGAAUACCCAAUGACUUUUUAGUUAAAAAUCAUUUAAAAUGUAUUCAACAUUCAUAUUCUUAGCAUAUUGGAUUGUUUAUUCUGCAGCUCAGCAGUCAAUUGUAGACAAGCUACAAUAUAAUGUUGGAGACACAUUUGAUAUAACUUGUAAUGCAGCCAAAUUUAUAGGUCAACCCCCAACCACAGCUACCUAUUUAUAUUCGCUGAAGUUGAUGAGAAAAACUGCUGCAAAUGAUUACACCUUAAUAGCUUAUUAUAAGCCCUUUGUUGCUCCUGAAGAAAGAAAUUAUUCAAAUCCACUAUUUUCACAUUGGGCUUUUCAAUUCCUGAAUGGUGAAAGUUAUGAAAACAGGCCAUCGAUGAAUCUUAUAGUGACAGUACACUCUUUUCAGUGUACUGAUUCUGGUUUAUAUAAAUGUACUACUCAAGUGGCUGAAAAGGUAUAUGAAACUGUUCCUGUCAACAUAACAGCUAGAGCCAUUGAUUCAACUAGUAAACCAGAAUUCCCAAAAGGUAGUGCUGGUUCAAAUGUUGGUUCUAUAGUGGCUGGUGGAAUUCUUUUAUUGAUCAUUAUUGGUGUUCUAAUCUACUUUUUCGGCAUUCAAAAGAAAAAACAACAAGAUGAAGUUUCUGAAGAUUUUUCCCAGAAGAAAGUAAUUUACGAUCUAUAGGGCAGAUGAUGUAUGUGUCAUAUGUAUCUGUGGCUUAGGAUUAAGGAGGGUGUCAUGUGGCCAGUAUAACGACCAACUGUCUAUACUUUUUCCCAACUAACAUCAGUGUAGCUACUGAUGUAUGGUAAAGACAAGUUUAGUUCACCUUCAGUUUUCUUCUUCAAGCCUCACAAACCACUAAACGAUGACAAUGAUGGCUCAGUCGCCACUGAGUCCACCUAACUCUAAUGUACACUUGACAUUUGUUGUGCUGGCGUCAUGACAAGUAUUUUAACCGUUGGCCACAGAAACAAAUUACAAUUAUAUCAUCUGCCUCAUUGAUCGAAAAGUCUAAGGGUGGCACUUUACUUUUCUUUUUGGUGAAUUCAAACAUGUUAGUUAUAACUAUUAUAUGCUAAGUAAAAAAACGUAAAGCUGAAUCUAAAUGUGUUUCUUUGGAUAAAUUGAUGUGCAAGUA